GCAAUAUCCGAGACCAUACGUGAACUUAUCUCGCAGUUCAAAGAGGACGCGCUCUCCGCAUUUGGAUCUGCAGCAACUUUGAAGUUUGAAGUUUGAAUCUCUCUCUUUCUCCCGAGAAGAACGAAAAGAAUGUCGAGAAUGAGAGUGGCUGUGAUUGGUGGUGGUAUCAGCGGACUGGUAUCGGCGUACGUGCUGGCGAAAGCCGGAGCCCAGGUGGUUCUGUACGAGAGGGAGGACUACUUAGGCGGCCAUGCCAAGACUGUCAACUUCGACGGCGUCGAUUUGGACCUCGGUUUCAUGGUCUUCAAUCGCGUAACGUAUCCUAAUAUGUUGGAGUUCUUUGAGAAUCUUGGAGUUGAUAUGGAGCUAUCUGAUAUGUCAUUCUCAGUAAGCUUGGACAAAGGCAAUGGGUGUGAAUGGGGUAGUCUAAAUGGCUUAUCAGGUUUGUUUGCACAGAAGAAGAACAUUUUGAAUCCAUACUUUUGGCAAAUGAUUCGAGAAAUUAUCAAGUUCAAGGCCGAUGUCCUCAGUUAUCUUGACGACCUUGAGAACAACCCAGACAUUGAUCGCAAUGAAACUUUGGAACAGUUUAUUAAGUCACACGGUUACUCUGAAUUAUUUCAAAAGGCUUAUCUUAUACCAAUAUGUGGUUCAAUUUGGUCCUGUCAUUCAGAAGGAGUCAUGCGCUUUUCAGCUUACUCAGUUCUUUCUUUUUGCCGCAAUCAUCAUGUUUUACUGCUCUUUGGUCGCCCACAAUGGCUUACUGUCAGAUGGCGUUCACAUAGUUAUGUCAACAAGGUUAGAGAACAGCUCGAGAGUUGGGGUUGCUGGAUAAGAACUGGUUCUGAGGUACAAUCUAUUUCUACAACAGUUGAGGGUUGCACAGUACUUUGUGAUGGUUCGCAAGAAAUAUAUAGUGGAUGCAUAAUGGCUGUUCAUGCCCCCGAUGCUUUGAAAAUAUUAGGAAAGCAAGCAACAUUUGAAGAGACGAGAGUACUUGGUGCUUUUCAAUAUGAAUCUAGUGAUAUUUUCCUUCACCGUGACAAAACUUUUAUGCCCCAAAAUCACGCAGCAUGGAGUGCGUGGAAUUUUCUGGGGAGUACAGGCAAUAAAGUUUGCCUGACAUACUGGCUUAAUUUGCUUCAGAAUAUUGAAGAAACAAGUCUACCUUACCUUGUGACGCUCAAUCCAGGUCAGAUACCUAAGCAUACCUUACUUAAGUGGUCAACCAGCCAUCCAGUCCCAUCUGUUGCUGCAUCAAAAGCUUCACUUGAGCUUGAUCAUAUUCAAGGGAAGAGAGGGAUUUGGUUUUGUGGAGCAUACCAGGGUUAUGGCUUCCAUGAAGAUGGAUUAAAGUCUGGAAUGGUUGCUGCACAUGAUGUGCUUGGAAAAAGUUAUGUUGUUCUUAGUAACCCAAAACACAUGGUACCUUCUGUGAUGGAAACAGCGGCACGCAUUUUCGUUACUAGAUUUCUUGAUCGUUAUAUCGUCAAUGGCUCUUUGAUUAUGUUGGAGGAAGGAGGUACAAUUUUCACCUUUGAUGGAACAGGAAAAAGAUGUUCUUUGAAAACUGUACUGAGAGUUCACAGUCCCCAAUUUUAUUGGAAGGUUAUAACACAGGCUGAUUUAGGCCUUGCAGAUGCAUAUAUAAAUGGAGAUUUUUCUUUCAUAGAUAAAGAUGAAGGUAUUUUGAAUUUUAUUAUGGUUCUCAUUGCCAACAGAGAUAAUAAUAAAUCUGUCCCAAAAUUGAAUAAGAAAAGGGGAUGGUGGACACCAUUGCUACUCACAGCCGGAGUUGCAUCAGCAAAAUAUUUCUUUCAGCAUUUCUUGAGGCAAAAUAGUCUUACACAAGCUCGUAGGAAUAUCUCCCGUCAUUAUGACCUGAGUAAUGAACUUUUUGCGCUGUUCUUGGAUGAAACAAUGACUUACUCAUGUGCGUUGUUUAAGUCAGAAGAAGAAGACUUGAAAAGUGCUCAGAUGAGGAAAAUUUCACGUCUGAUUGAAAAAGCAAGAGUAGAUAAGAAUCAUGAAAUUCUCGAGAUUGGUUGUGGCUGGGGAAGCUUGGCUAUUGAAGUUGUCAAACAAACUGGAUGCAAGUACACUGGCAUUACUCUAUCUGAGGAGCAACUGAAAUUUGCAAAAAAGAGAGUGAGUGAAGCUGGCCUUCAGGACCGCAUCAGAUUUCUUCUUUGUGACUACCGCCAAUUGCCUAAAACGUACAAAUAUGACAGGAUCAUAUCUUGUGAGAUGAUUGAGGCAGUUGGCCACGAAUACAUGAAGGAGUUCUUUGGCUGUUGCGAAUCUGUGUUAGCAGAAGAUGGGCUUCUUGUUCUACAGUUCAUAUCAAUCCCGGAUGAGCGCUAUGAUGAGUACAGGCUAAGUUCCGAUUUUAUCAAAGAAUAUAUUUUCCCUGGUGGAUGCUUGCCUUCGUUAAGUAGUUUGACAUCAGCCAUGGCGGCUGCAUCCAGACUUUGUGUGGAGCACCUGGAAAAUAUAGGAAUCCAUUACUACCAGACACUACGAUGCUGGAGAAAAAAUUUCUUAGAAAAGCAGAGUGAAAUUCUCUCCCUGGGAUUCAAUGAGAAGUUCAUUAGGACAUGGGAGUAUUAUUUUGACUAUUGUGCAGCUGGUUUUAAAACACAGACACUUGGCAAUUAUCAGGUCGUAUUCUCGCGUCCAGGAAAUGUGUCUACGUUCAGCAAUCCAUACAAGGCCUUUAUUUCAGAGUACUGAGAUACAUACAUACAUACAUACAUAUAUGUAUGUAUAUUCACGGUCAUUGAAAGAACGCCAAUUCUUUCAAGCCAUUUUAAGUACGGAAUUACUACACAUUCAUAAAAUAAGCAUCCAUAAACUUACAUAAACAUGUGGCAAGCGUAUGCGACUUAUUUAAUAAAAUUUGUUUGUAUUUUUUAAUCUAUGUGAUAUGCAUUUUUUGCUUGCCACAUAGAUUAUGUAAGUUUAUGGAUGAGAAAAUUAUGGACAUAUAUCAUUUUGGUUUUAAGUAGUUGAUUCUUUCCGAUUCUUGAUGCUAGACGUUAUUUGAAAGAACAUUUUAAACUAUGAAUCUAUCGCUGCUGAAAACUGGCGACUGGACCUGGGCAUCUGGCCCUGUUUUCUAAAGUUCUUUUUAUAUGAUUUAUAUGUCCAUUGCCUAGCACUGCCAGUAGAGUUGUUUCAUCCCACCUUACCGGGAAAAUAUUGUGCGUGGGAGUCGACUUUUUAUGUUUAAGAUUCAAAGAGAGAGACUAGCAAUCUUUUGUUGGAAGAUAAAUUUGUUGACGGUUAAUGCUGGAUGCAAUCCAAGUUAUCAAUCAAUGCCGUCGACCGCAAACCGGUGUCUUACUUAGAAUACAGACUUGUAAUUUUCAUGGAACCCUAGCAUUGUUCAAAUAUUUGACUACCAAAGAUCAACAUUUCACUUGAGAUACAGAAAGAUCACACUAGGCAUACAUAUAGAUAUAGACUUCAAUUCAAUCAUCAACCAUCACACUUGAAACAUUCGUCUUUCGCAUUCAACACAAUGAUAGAAGAAGAAGCAGUAUGUUGCUCAGGCCUUCUCCAAUUGGCCUGAUAACACAUGCAAAACAAUGCACACUUUUUUACUAACUAUUGCACCCUCUUCGAAAGGAACAACUAAUUAGAGCAAUGAAAGUUCCAGCCUAAUGAAAAAAAAUCUGAGGGAAGAUUAAAAUAGGGCCUCAUAAAUCCGUGGGGAAAAGCUGCAUUAAUUAUGAGUCACAACUGAUAUUUGAAUGAAGAAUGCAAGAGAGAGACCAUUAACCCAAAUUUAAAAAGACUUCCCAUAAACGCCUUCCAUAAGAUAUAAACAUGAAUAAACUCUAGCCCUAAAUAUCUACGAAAACCUCACAGCCAAUUCUAGCAUCCAAAACAUCUAGAAUCAUCAUCUACUGCAAUGAAUCAUGCCUAAACAGAUGGGUUACAGUAUCUUAACGAGGUACCAACUCACUACUUCACAUUCUGCAGGCCAACAACAGCUUACCACAAGUCAUGAUCGGCAUUGCCGAGCUAAAACCGACCUCUCAUGUCUGUUGAUUUAAAAUUCAGCUGAACAAACUCUUCCACCGCCAUUUGAUGUUGAACACCACACACUGAAACUCAGGUUCAGCAAUUAGUGGUCGGUUGACUCCACCUCAGAACUUGAGUGACUCUCCUGUACAAGACAAGGGCAAAAUACAGGAGAAAUGAUUAUGCCAUCCGGAAAGAGUCAACUACCACUACGUGUACCGCUACCAUUAUGAAUACCGCUACCAUUACGACGUUUUCAACCCAAAUGACUCAUUCAUAACUCCACUGCUAUCAUAAAAAUACCUUACCAGAAAAAGUCUUCUACUUGUCAUAUGAUAAAUCUACCGAUAGAAUUGUUCAAUCUAUCUCCCUUAGCAUCACCCUAUUUUAAAAAGGUAAAAUGAAAACAAACAAACUAAUAACAAAAUAAUUAAUUGCAAUCAAACCAACAUUAUAUAAACAACUACGGCAAUAAAAUAAAAGCUCAUAAGAUCUAGUAGACAAUUAUAAGCACGCCAAAUUUAGAACUACACUCAAGCAUUAAAUGUGGGCACCUAGUACGCCUUGCAAUUACUACUUAUUAUAAACUAUCAAAAUAGAUACUACAAAGUACUGGAAUUCAAGCAAUCCAACCAGACCCAAAGCAUAUUGAGAAUCAACUUGAGCCGCUAUCCUCGCCGCUGGAAAUGAGAAA